AAACAGUCCAGGGAAUCAUACACUUAUGGAUUGUGCUGAAUUCUUUCCAGGCUUUUAGAUCCUCUCUGACAAGCAGCCAUGGGAGCUUAUCGGAAGCUCGGGACGCUGGUUUUCGGUUUCAUAUUGUACGUUGCCGACGUCGGUUCCGACAUCUACGUCGCAAUUCAGUAUUAUAAAGAAGGGCUGAUUGCCCCAUUUAUAACAACCGUUGUUUUCACAGCCCUUCCCGUGUUCAUCGUCAAUAUCUUCGCGACGUACAGCCUAAAAAAAGGACACGUAACUUUGAAAUUUGCCAGCUGCUUCGUUCACUUGGCCAUGGUGCAUCUGUUUAUCGAGGAAUUAUACAGAUGGAAAGAGGACAGCGAACAUUCACACAACGGCAAACACUUUUCAAAAUGCGAAUGCACGGAUUGUAUAAAUCGUUUUAAAAGUAGCUCUAAGGCAACGUUAGACUCCACGUUGGUGCGUUAUAUGGAAGCAUUCGCCGAAUCGGCACCUCAGUGUUGUUUUCAAGUUAUUGUGAUGCGCAAUAGUGAUGGUACACCUCCUUGGUACAGGAUUGCUUCAAUUUCCGUAUCAUUCUUGUCCAUGUUAUGGAGCAUUUAUUUGCUCGAGAAAGCGUACUGGGUCAACCGAAGAGUCGAACAGGAUUUGAGACCGGCAACUUACCCUAAAAAGUCGGCUUUUGUAUUUGUUCUUUGGCAAUUGCUUCUUUUGCUUGCAAGAUGUCUCACAGUUGCUAUACUACCGCCCAAUUACUUUGUAAUAGUUUUCCUCAUACUUAUCCACUACUUUGCCAUUGUUUAUUUGAUGUAUUGGUUUUUCCGUAAGAGUUCAUGUCGAACAAGGUGUAUCAUCAGCAUUUCGAGCUUUGCUACAUCGUAUCCCUGGCAUUUCCACCUUUCAACAUCAGGCCUAGAAGUACCAAACAAGUGCUUCCAUAAAGAAGAAGACGUUGUCAAAAUUAGGAAAUUUAUUCGAUAUGCGCUGUUUUUGGUGCCCUUUUUGUUUGCUCUCGAAGGCACCAUCUUGAUUCUCUUUUUCUCGGAAUUACCGAAAACGAGGGCGUAUGAUGCUUUAAAAAUUUUGGGUGGAACGAUUUUGGCAGCAUACGUUAUGUCCCUGAUUUACUACCACUCACGUUGUCAUCCCUUCACCAGAAUUUCGCAAGUUAGGCCCAUUGUCGUAAAACGCGGCAUCAUUAACGUUCAACCAAUAAACGACGAUGAAUAGCCGCUAUCACGAUUCUGUUGACGCCAACUGAAGCCGGUAUGGUUACGAAAGCUGGGUAGAGCUAUUUACCAGAUAGUGAUGUUUCCAACCUUUGU